UCCGUGAGUUCCGCUGCUUGUUUCCCCCGGACUCUUUAGAGAGUGACGCAGAGCCAAAAUGGCGCCCGGGCUCAGAAUGCUGCGACAGGUGUGUGAUCAUGUGACCCGCUCGCGCGCCGCUGUCAGACUCAUGUGUUCACGAGCCGCAGCCGCAGAAACUCAUCCGGACACGAGAUCAUCGUUCCCACCAUUACAGAGUUACUCUGAGGAGGAGAGCAUGAUGAGAGACGCCGUGAGGAGGUUCGCUCAGGAACGCAUCGCUCCUUUUGUCUCCAAGAUGGACGAGGAUUCAGUCAUGGAUGCAGGCGUGAUCAGCGCUCUGUUCCAGCAGGGACUGAUGGGGAUUGAGAUCGGACCUGAGUUCGGCGGCACCGGCUCCUCCUUCUUCUCUUCUGUUCUGGUGAUCGAGGAACUGGCGAAGGUCGACCCGUCGGUGUCGGUGCUGUGCGACAUCCAGAACACACUGAUCAACACACUCCUGAUGAACCUGGGCUCUGAGGAGCAGAAGCAGCGAUACCUGCCUCGCCUCGCCAGCGACACGGUCGGCAGCUUCUGCCUGUCGGAGUCGGAGUCGGGCAGCGACGCUUUCUCUCUGAAGACUAAAGCCGAGAAACACAACGAUUAUUACAUCAUCAACGGCUCCAAGAUGUGGAUCAGUAACGCAGAACAUGCUGGAGUGUUUCUGGUCAUGGCCAACGCUGAACCCGCCGCAGGCUACAGAGGCAUCACCUGCUUCCUCGUGGACAGAGACACGGACGGGCUCCACAUCGGGAGGAAGGAGAAUAAACUGGGACUGAGAGCCUCGUCCACAUGCCCUCUCACAUUCGACAACAUGAAGGUUCACCAGAAGAAUGUUUUGGGGAAAGUCGGUCACGGUUAUAAAUACGCCAUUGGUAUGUUGAAUGAGGGCCGGAUCGGGAUCGCAGCACAGGUGUGUGAGUGUGUGUGUGUGUGUGUGUGUGUGUGCCGGUCUCACGGGUCUCAUGUGUUUCAGAUGCUGGGUCUGGCUCAGGGCUGCUUCGAUCACGCGGUUCCCUACACCAGGCAGAGGGUUCAGUUCGGCAAACGCGUCUUUGACUUCCAGGGUCUGCAGCAUCAGAUCGCUCAUGUGGCCACGCAGCUCGAAGCCGCUCGACUGCUGACCUACAACGCGGCGAGACUGAAGGAGGCCGGAAGACCCUUCAUCAAAGAGGCCUGCAUGGCCAAAUACUUCAGUGCAGAGGUUGCGGCUCUGACCACCUCAAAAUGCAUCGAGUGGAUGGGAGGAGUGGGAUUCACCAAAGACUAUCCCGUCGAGAAAUACUACCGCGACUGUAAGAUAGGGAGCAUCUAUGAGGGAACCACCAACAUCCAGCUGAGCACCAUGGCCAAGAUCAUCGACAAGGAGUUCGGCGGCUGACACGGACAGCAGGAUAUCCAUAAUAUAUAAGCUGUAGUUCAAGUCUUUACGUACUAAAA